AUCAUUCUGAUACGCCAUGGCGAAAGCAACAGAGCAGAAGAAAAACUCUAUAACAGUGGAAGAGACGAAGCUUGACAUACGCGAUGUGGUCACCACAACAUACGACGAGGAUAACCGUCACGGAGGCACACGCAAUGACGUGGCAAUGGUUGUGCUACGAGCCAUGUGCAUGGCCGUAUCGGCUGUGUCUUUGUUGUUAAUGGUGACAGCCCGUGAGACUACCAUGACAACUCUCUACGGUUUCGAGUUUCAGCUCCACGCCGUUUGGUCUCUCUCAGAUUCCCUCAUAUAUCUAGUGGUGGUUACAUCAGCGACGGUUAUUUACUCAUCCGUGCAACUGGUUUUAAGUGGGACCAGACUAAUGAGAAAAACACCGGUUGUUCCGACAAGAACACAAGCAUGGUUUUGUUUCAUUGCAGAUCAGAUACUGGGAUGUGCGAUGGUGAGUGGAGGAUCAGCGGCUUUAGGUGUGACGAAUAUGAACAGAACAGGAAUCAGACACAUGCCUAUUCCAAAUUUCUGCAAGUCUCUCGGUUUCUUCUGUGACCAUCUCGCAAUCUCCGUCGUCUUCGCCUUGCUCGCGUUUCUCCUCCUCGCAGCUUCUUCUAUUCUCGACGUUCUCCGUCUCUCAGGCGACUGCUAGAGAAUUAUUACUGUUUUACCCUUUUAUGUCUUCUUAAUGAUGGUCUUUCUUUUUGAUAUUUUUGUUUGUUCUAGUUGAUGUCAGUGAAUCUUCCAGUUC